UCAAUUUUGUUCCGAUCUACAGUGCAUCAAGAUGAAUUUGGUACUGGUAGUUUUUGCUGUGAUAGGAACCUCACUCGCAUCUCAAAGCCACCAACAAAAUCCGCGCCCAUGGUGGAACACAACACGGACGUCCGGACGCAUCGUGGGUGGUUUCGAGAUUUCAAUUGCUGAAGUUCCCUGGCAAGUUUCACUCAGAGAUGGGAACCACUUUUGCGGAGGAUCCAUCAUAGGGAGCAAGUGGGUUCUGACAGCUGCGCACUGCAUUGAAAGCUCUAACAACCCUAGACCGUCUAUCCGUUACGGGAGCUCAAACAGUGAAAAUGGCUACACCGCCAAGCUGAAACGGUCUAUCCGACAUCCCAAUUACAAAGGUUCUGAUUACGACUACGCGCUGUUGGAGCUGGCCCAAUCGAUCAGCUUUUCCAACAACGUCAAGGCCAUCACUCUGCCACAGCAGGACGAAACAGUUUAUGCCGGCACCAUGUGCUUGGUUUCAGGUUGGGGUACUACGCAGAACUUCUGGGAUGACACAACCAAACUUCGAGCGGCAAAUGUUCCCACAAUAGCUUACGAUGACUGCAACGAGGCCUACUACGGUAAAAUCACCCCUCGAAUGAUCUGCGCCGGAUACUGGAACGGAGGGAUAGAUUCUUGCCAGGGAGAUUCCGGAGGCCCUUUGGCGUGCGGAGGGACACUGAUCGGAGUCGUAUCCUGGGGCUACGGUUGCGGUGAGCCAGAAUACCCGGGAGUUUAUUCUAGAGUAGCGGCAGUGCGCAAUUGGAUCCGGAAAACUAGUGGGAUUUAAGGGUUAUGCCGUAAGAGUAAAUACAGAAAUUUUUAAAAUUUAGGAAA